GGACGUACGCGUUCACGUCUGCGCGCGCCUCAGCCCAGCGAACAGAACGGGGCGAAACAUUUCAACGAAAGCUCGUCCAGACUGAGCUUCCUGACCCGACCGAGCGCGGUUUCUAGAGGAAGUUGUCUCCAAGCCCCCCGGCGUGCACGGAGAGGAGGGGGUUUUCUCUUUUGCACAGCUGCACCGAAUUCUGCACGACAAGGGCGGCCGAAGUUUUCAGGACCGUCUCCGGGUUGAGUUUUUUCUUCUAGCAGGGAGCAGCUGCACCACACACACCGUCGUGCCACACGGGGAGGAGAGGAGAGAGAGAGGGCAGAAGUUUCCGCUGCCUUGUUUUGUCACUGCGCGGCUGGUAAAUCCGCAGGAAUGUCGCAGAAGGAGAGACCCACUUUCUACCGACAGGAGCUCAACAAAACCGUGUGGGAGGUCCCGGAGCGGUACCAGCACUUAUCCCCCGUCGGCUCCGGUGCUUACGGAUCCGUAUGCUCAGCGUACGAUGUGAAAUCAUGCCUGAAAGUAGCAGUGAAGAAGUUGUCCAGACCCUUCCAGUCCAUUAUCCACGCAAAGAGAACCUACAGAGAGCUGCGGCUGCUCAAACACAUGAAACACGAGAAUGUGAUUGGACUGUUAGAUGUUUUCACGCCAGGAACAAGCUUAGAGGAGUUCAAUGAUGUGUACUUGGUGACCCACCUAAUGGGUGCAGACCUCAACAACAUCGUCAAGUGUCAGAAGCUGACUGACGACCACGUCCAGUUCCUCAUCUACCAGAUUCUCAGAGGCUUAAAGUACAUCCAUUCUGCAGACAUCAUCCACAGAGACUUGAAGCCCAGUAAUCUGGCUGUGAAUGAAGACUGUGAGCUCAAGAUCCUGGACUUUGGUUUGGCACGGCACACAGAUGAUGAAAUGACAGGCUAUGUAGCCACCCGGUGGUACCGAGCCCCAGAGAUCAUGCUCAACUGGAUGCACUACAACAUGACAGUGGAUAUCUGGUCGGUGGGCUGCAUCAUGGCUGAACUACUUACUGGACGGACGCUCUUCCCUGGCACAGACCACAUUGAUCAGUUGAAGCUUAUAAUGAUGCUGGUUGGAACCCCAGGGCCCGAGCUCUUGAUGAAAAUCUCUUCGGAGUCUGCAAGGAACUACAUUAACUCACUUCCCCACAUGCCCAAGAGGAACUUUGCUGAUGUGUUUAUUGGUGCCAACCCUCUUGCGGUGGACUUGCUGGAGAAAAUGCUGGUGUUGGACACAGACAAGCGGAUCACAGCAUCUGAGGCUCUGGCACACCCGUACUUUGCCCAGUACCACGAUCCAGACGACGAGCCUGAAGCGGAGCCUUACGACCAGAGUUUCGAAAGCCGUGAGCUGGAAAUUGAGGAAUGGAAAAGGUUAACCUAUGAGGAGGUACUCAGCUUCGAGCCACCGUCGUUCGACGGAGACGAGAUGGAAUCCUGAGGAGAAGGAGGAGACACCUUUUCUUCCAUCUUUUGUUUUCCAAGAAACACUCUUUAAAGACUAUCAGUCUCAUGUGACUAUCCACCACUUUCCUCACACACUCGCACAACCAUGACAUUCAAGUGCCUGCCGUCAUUCAUCUCUGGGGGACGUCGCGUUAUCAGGGAUAAAACUUGACAUCCUAUUCCUUCCGUCCCCCACUUUGCUGUUUUUGUUACCCUCCAUCCCAACGCGCUGAGGCAGACUUUAAUUCUCCUUAUAUUUUUAGUGAGCUUUUACCUCCAGACAUUUGUGGUUUAUAUUGAUCCUCUCUUUGAUUCAGAAAACUAGAAAUGACAUGUCAGUAUCUUAAAGAAAAUUGGAGAAAUUGAACCGCUAAUGUGUAUUUUAUACAAUUGUACUACUUACCAGUAAUUAAUAUUCAAGGAAAAAAGAUUGGGUUGAAUAGUUUCAAAUUGUGGUGUGUCUAUCUUCCACAUAUCCAAAUUAAAUGUUAUUUCUAUCAAUGCAUAGAACAUUGUAUAUAUGACAAACAGUAUUUGUACUAAGUACUUUAGUCAAACCAGUUACCGUAUUUGUGUAAUAGUCAUAAUCGCUGAGUCACACUUCAGCCGCCCCUCUGACAGUAUGAAUUUUAUUACUCAAGUUUAGCCUAAAAUGGCAUAUAAAAAGAUAUAGUAUGUAAUUGAAUACAAGUAUGUAUUGCAUAGGUUAAAAAUCUGUAAAAUAUUCACUCUACAUGGAAAAUUCAGUACUUCAUAUUUCUUAUUGUUGGAUAUGGAGGCUUACAGUGUCCCUCUCAACCAAAACAUGAGUUUAAAGAGUAUGCUUAUGUAUCCAUUUCACCUACUUAACAUUUGUUUCGUUUCCAAUCCUUUUCUCCCAUAUCAAUUCGUCUUUUCAGCACUUCUGAUCUGUUGUUUCACAGGAAUGUUUCAGUCACCAUUAUCGCAACCUACAGUACCACAUACGCAUGAUGAAGCCAGAUUUAGCUUAUUAGUUUAUUGAAAUGUGAUGUUUCCCACCACAACACCAACUGACAAUGUACUUUAAUCAUAUUGCAUUUAUAAAACACAGUACUAUUAAUGUUUAUUGAAUGUUGGGGGCGCCAGUUUGCCUCAUAUUUAUGAUCUUUUGUUAUGUUGUUUGUAUAUCGAUGUAAAAGAGAAUAUUAUUUGUCAGAAUUUAAGGUUCUUUUUAUUAUUUAUAGAGAGCUUACUAUAUCAGAAACCAAAUGUACCAUCCAUAAUCUCAAACGUCAGUUAGGCCGCAGUGACUGCAGUAGCUUGUGUAUCAGAGUCAACAAUAUGAAUCAUCUAGUUUUAAAUCAGUUCAAACAACUCUGCUCAUUUUGCAGUUGUUUCAGUUCGUUCUUUUCUGGGAUUUCUGAGUUUUGAGUUUAAAUUUGUUCUUGAACAUUUAUUUAUCUUGUUGUGUUCCAGAGGUACUGCCCUCCAAAAGUAUCCUAUUGUCAAAGAAUUUCAAUAGACAGUGCAGAAAUUAAAAGCAAAAUAUGUAUUACAAGUAUGUCAACAUUUUGUAUUGACAUACAAACCACUAAACAGUAGACUCCUAGUUCGUUUUUCUUUUUCCAUUAAGCAUUUUAGGAGUCGGAUUACAGUUAUAUGUGACAUACAAGCUAUAUCCACAGUUGCUCUGGCUGAUGUCAAACAAUAUCAGUGUCUUUACUAUUUCAUUUGCAACUGCUUGUUUUCAUGUAGGGCUUUUUCUAAUGUAUUAUUUUAUUCUUUGUGUGUGAAAUCAAGAUUUGAUGUUACUCCCUGAUUCUGUAAUAUUGAUUGUUUUUUGAGUAAUGCUAGAACUAUAUUUGUCAUUCAUCUGAAUAAUUUAGCAGGGCACAUGUAUGUGGGAAAGAGUGUACGUUUACUCACUGGAUGCUGAAGGGCAAUGCUGAAUCCUCAUUCUUUGUAGUUUUUUUUUUUUGUUUUUUUUUAAACUGCAUAAAUUAGAUUAUUUAUCUUGUCCAUAUCCCAAUGUCACUAGUUAAUUUGGUCAUUGGUUCUGCUUUCUUUGCCUGAGAUGUGUUCAUAUCUUUUUACUGUGUUCUUUACCACAUGUACCAAGACAGCAUGUCACCUGUAAAUACCAACAUUAGAAAAUAAAGGCUACUAUUUUUCAAACCUGUUAA